AUAUACAACACCUUCUUCAGGCGAAAUUCCAUUUUCGUGACUACCGUCUUUCUAGGCGCUUUCGGUUUCUCAAUGGGAUUCGACGUUUUGACAUCGGCCUGGUGGGACGCUCAUAACCGAGGAAAACAAUGGAAAGACAUUCGGGACAAAUACGUUCAAAAGGAGGAAGAAUAA